AUGGAUGUAAAGCUUGCAGUUUGUUCUAUCCUGCUACUGACACUACAGGUAUUAUCACGUAACACAAACGGCUCCUCGAACGAAAUCUCAAACAAACCCAUGAUGCGCAUCGAGCAAGUAGUCGAUUCACAUUCAUCCUCCCAUCACCAUCACCACCACAUGGAUCCAUCAACCAUAGUCUUCUUCUUCCUCGAGGACCUCACGCAAGGCAACACGAUGCCUAUCUACUUCCCGAAUCGAGAAUUAUCCGAAGCAACUCAUCAUUUACUUUCGAAAACCGAGGCCGAUUCAAUUCCUUUCUCGUCCGAAAAAUUUCAUUACCUACUCGAAUACUUCUCUCUCCCCGAAAACUCCCCACAAGCCGUGGCCAUUGAGGACACGUUAAGGGAAUGCGAGACGAGCCCCAUCGAAGGCGAGACGAAAUUAUGCGUGACUUCAUUCGAAUCCAUGCUCGAUUUUGCGAAAUCAAUGAUUGGCUCGGGAGUUGAGAUUCGAAUUUUAUCCACAAAUCAUGUCAAACGUUCGGAUAAAAGCGUUCUUCUGCAGAAGUACACAAUAAGGGAGAUACAGGCGAUUAAUGCCCCGAAAAUGGUGGCGUGUCAUACUAUGCCUUACCCUUACGCCGUUUUUUACUGCCAUUACCAAGAGACUGAAAACAGAAUUUACCGGGUUUCGCUUCAAGGGGAGAAUGGAGAUGAGGUAAAUGCAGUUGCAGUAUGCCACAUGGACACUUCCCAUUGGAGCCGUAAUCACGUGUCGUUUAAAGUGCUCGGGGCCGAGCCCGGUUCGUCGCCCAUUUGCCAUUUCUUUCCGGCGGAUAACUUCGUUUUGGUUCCCUCGAUUAGUUUAAAGGAGUAA